GCAUUCGGCGUUGCCAGGAUAAGUCAAGUAGAAACAAAUUAGAAACUUUUGAUUUAAACCUUCUUUUUUCGUUUAUGGCUUCUGACGAACAAAUCAUAGAAGGGCUCAUUCAGGAAGCUUUAAGUUCUGCAGAUGCAAAAGAAGAAGAAGUUAAACUCCAAAAAUCUUUAAAUGAACUGAAACAGGAAAUCGAAGAGCAGGGUUUUUUGCAAGAAGAACACAGACCGACGAGUUCAGUGACAGUGCCAAGGGAUAUUCCUUAUCUUCGACGGGAGCGACAUGCAGUUCUUAAAAAUGCUCUUCGGGUUCCAGAACCUUUCGAGAUUAGAACUUUAGCGGAUUCUACAAAAGAAGAACUUCAAACAGUUACUAAGCAACCGCAUGAUUAUUCGGCAAAGAGUUUACCUCUUCUACUUCAUGAUUUUUUUGUUGAUAGAAGCCAUGAACUUGUCCAAUAUAAACAUUCAUUGCUAAUAAGAUGGAAGAGAUUCUCAGAACAUACUUCAUCGGUGGAAUCUCUGUUUCCUCAGUAUCAGGGAAUGGUUGACAACAUAAUGGCGGAGUACAACGACUGCCUACAAAGAGCUACUCGUCUAGCUUCGGCAAGGGAAAGCUUUCUGACUGGGGAGGACAAAGGAAUAAUGCAUGUUCGUUUAGAAGAUGUAAUUAUCUAUCUUAGAUGGCUAGUCUCAAGUCUUCAAGCUAACAAAACAAGUUCGUUCUAUUUAAGAAACAUCCAAUGGAUGCAUAUAACUCAUAAAGAACAACUGGACUUCAAAGUUCUAUUGGAGAAUAAGAAGAAUAGAGAAAAAUUAAAUAUAUCCCAUACUGACCAAUCCUUAACUGCUAUACCGCCCAAUGCUCCAAGUUCUUUAAAUCCCCUUUUAUUAAACGCUCAAGCAAUUCCUCCUUCCCAUGUUGCUUUUGCAACAGCUGCGGCUUCUGGAGGAGGCCGAACUAACCUUGGUAUCGAACUACCCAUUCAUGAUACUGAUAUUAACUCCUUGAAACCUCAAUUGAAAUUAUUAGCACAUUCUUAUGGUAUUGAAGUGGAUGUUGACGCUAUUCAAAACGUUGGCGAAGAAAUGGCUUUAUAUGCCGCCGUUGUCAGAAACUUUAGUGGUAUUUUUCAACGUCAAGAAAGAAUGAAAACACUGAAAACUUACGAUUUUAGCGAACCUGGUUUCGAAAGUUGGGGUGUUGAUCAUUGUAGCCAUGCCGUUAGGAUGGAGGCAACAUGGCUUCCUUUUGUUCAUAUAAAGCCAAAGAAAGAUGCUGAAUACGAGAGAAAAAUGGCAGACCUCAGAGCAAAAGAUACAGUUGAUGAGUUGCUUAAAGUCAAAUCGAAAUUUUUACAUGUUCAAGAUCCUGACAGGGUUCAAGAUACUCUUAGGAAACAUACAAAAGUCUUGAAAGAUGUAAGAGAACAGUCACCUCUAUCAUUCCCUCGCGCUGAGCAUCCGAGAUCGAAAGAAAUUUGGAAAAGAAUUUAUUACGACAGUGUUCUAAGAUCAGAAGAUGGAGAAAUGAAAAAGAAAGGAGAGUAUGAUUAUACUGAAACCAUUACUAUGCUAGGUCUUGAAGAGGCAUCGCAGGGAGGAACCGCUGAUGAUACCUCUAUAGCAAAUGGGGGUCUACUCUCUUUAUUACAUUUAAGACAUCUUAGAAUUAGAGACUUGCAAAGAUCGUGUCUCAGUAUACUCAAUAUGUUUAGAUCCAUCGAAAGAACAAUUACUAUCAAUGAUGGAGGGUUGAGUGUAGAGGGAGGAAAGUUGAAGAGAACUUCUCCUCAGAAACACAGGGAAGAACACCAGUUAGGAGCUCAUCAAUAUAUUCAUAAUACUCCUCUUGAUUUCAAGUUAGAUGAAACAGCUUUUAUGCGAUUUACGGAUGUAGAAAAUCAUGAUGAUUAUUUUGUUUAUCAAGAAGGUCGGGUACAUGUCCUGGAUCAGAGAGGCUAUUACAUAAUCUAUGAUGUAUCGAUGAAUGAUAUGAAAAUGUUAGAACGCGAUUUGUUACUUAUGGCCUCUUCAUUUCUUCGAUCAUCUAAAAAGGUCUCUUUUCACGUUGACAGAUUUGGUGUUCUCCUGGAUUUAUGGACUUCCGAAUGUCGUUGGUUAGAAGCAAAAAAAGAGCUUGUAGAAGUUUUAUUUGAAAGUUACAAUCAUGUUUUUGAUCCUGAAGAAAGACGUCAGAUGGCGCAAAAAAUAACUGAUAUUCUCUAUCUUCGGCCCCGAAUUGAUUUUGAAGAAGAGUAUUUUUCCGAAUCUUAUAAAUUGGAAUGUGCAAUUAUUAAAAGAAAAGCCGAAUUACUGAGAAACGUUCUAGAUAAUCAUAUAGAAGAAAGACGUAGAUUUUGCGAAUUAGUCAAAAGGGACGGGUUCCGUUUUGGAUUACCUCAACCGAUUAUUCACAAAGUUCCAGUAUCCAUAGUAUCUAAUACAUCGGCUUUAAAAUCUAUUCAUCUCUUGGAAUUUCAUCCAACCCUGUCAUUAUGUUACAAAGUUCUUAAUGCAAUCGAACACGCUGUUAGAGUAUCUAAGCAGGCCUAUCAACCCAAAGGAACCAUAGAAAGAAUUCUGGUCGAGAGGAGGGUUUUAGAAAUUGCCGAUAAUAUAUUCAAGGAAUUAUCAGGUUUAGGCGAUGCAUUUUCAGAGCAAGUGCAGCGUGACGUGUUCAGUGAUCUCGUCAUUGGUAAUCCAUAUUUGAUGACCAACAUAGCCGAAACAAUAUAUGCUGAAGCCGAGCAACAGAAUUCGAGAACAGCCGGAAGGGAUAGACAGCAAGCUGUAAUGGAACGUGUCGCCGAUGUUCUCCUUGCUACGCAUCUAUGGUAUCAAAUAGUUGAUACUGCCAGUCAAAGUCAGAUUCUCUCACCGACUUAUCGAAAGAUGGCUAAGGAAAUGGGAUAUGAUGAAUGUCAUCUGUUUCUAAGAUUUGUACAAUUUGAAUUGGCUGGAUUGAAACAGAACAUUGCGCCGCCUCCAGUUUUUAUAACUGCACUAUUGGGAGAUGAUUCUUCUGUGGAUAGAUUAGUUCCCAGUAGCAUUCCGCUUUGUAUUAACGAACUUGACGAAGCUCAUUUGGGUCAAAUUUCGAUGAGAUCUAGAGAUAAUGUUCUAAAUUCUAUUAAAAGUGUCGAUAGCAUAAAAGCAAUUCUAUCGGCACAGAUAGUACACAAAAACAUGUUGGCGUGUAUUGUACUUCAAAUUGAUGCUUGUGAAAAGGAUCAAUCAUCAUUUGUGUCAAUGCAACUUGAAAAGGCUCCCUCAAGAAACAGGAUGUUAAACGAAUUUUGUCAGAAAAAGGCUCAAAUGGGAAAUCUGCUAAGAAAACGAAGUGAAAUGGAGAAAUUAAAGAGAAAGCUGGUUCUUGAUUUCAGCGAAGAUUUUCAAAAAAGAGUUGAACAGUAUGCGUUAAGAUCUCAAUUGAUAACGUGUUAUCAAUCUAUGAGGUGCCUUUUAAAUUCAUUUCCACAAGUUAGAGAUAACUAUUGGGUUCUUGGAGCUCCAAAUGAAAAAAAGACCUCGCAGGAUACUAUGGCUGGUCUACAGGCGAGUCCUAACGUUUUAACUGAGUUACCCAGGAGAACUCUGUCGGAGGAUGGAAGUUUCGUUUUGAAUAUAUGGUUCAUACCGCAUUACACUGAAAUACUUUUGGCAUAUAAAACUUUAGAUGAAACUGCAUGCGUAAAUGCUUUACGAAAUCAUACGCUCAUUGCCUCAGCUUUACACGAUAUUUUGUCGUAUUAUUGUGCUCAUGCCGGUUUGGGUACAAUUGGAGAUUUGAAUGCAAAGAGGAGGGAGCUAGUAACAAGUGCUGAUUGGGGCGGCACCGAAGGAAUUGGAGAAGAGCUCAGAGACAUUAAUGAACAAAUCAAUCGUAUAAAUAAAACUGAUCCCAAUUGCGUUGCAAAAUUACUUGAAGAAAAACGAAAUGUUCUCAUUCUUCAAAUGGAAUGCGCUGUACGUCACUCAAUGCCUAAUACAUUCUUGGCAACAAAUAAUGUUCCUGCCUUUAAGAGCAUUAAUUCCACUAUUACAGCAUUAAAUGAUCUCAGUAACAUUCCUAAAGCAAGCAUCACCAAUAUAUUUACAGUUCCACCUGAUAUUCAUCCUAGAACUGAAUCUGGGAGGAAAUUCUUUCCUCUGAGGUGUUUCAAUUCAGUCAACGGGCCAUUUUCAGAAGCGUUUUAUCCUUGGGACUCAUUACAGGAUGGAGUAUAUUUGGCUUUCUCUGCACUGAAACCUGUUGAUAGACCAGUCGCUCAUGGUGAAAUACUCGGCGUAUCCUUACUAUUGGAAGACGUGUCAUUAGAACCCCUACCAACCACUAGAGCUGUAAAUGAUGAAGAUGGACAGGGUAAACAGUCCCGAUCAGCUUCGAGGUUAUCAUUACACGAAAGGAAAGCAUCAAGGCCUUUUUCUGCCGACUCUAUAACUGGAUCUCUUGCACGUCAGAAGCCUAACGAUCCCUUAGAGUGCUUAAGACGCCAUAAGGCUUUCCUUCUUAUGUGGAAGAGGGUUGAAGUUUUAAAAUUGGAGUGGGCGAAGCGUAAAUUAUCGAUUGAGGCAAUAGACACAACACACACUUAUAAGAGUUUCUGCUUAGAAUAUAGAAGAAGUCAAUUAGCUCCAAUAAUUAGUCGUUUAGGGCCACGUCAACCAAAUCCCACAGAUGAUACUAACAUAUCAUUGAGUGCUCCAAAGGGUGUUAGCGAAGUUCUAAUGAAGAGGGAACAAGUUAAAAGGCUUCUAUCAUCCCUAAAUAAACUGAUGAUCGAGGACACACAAAAGAAGAUCACACGAGAUUUGCAAUUGGUAGUUGCCGAACGUCAAAGAGGAGACAAUGCCUUACCAACCGAUCUGUGGAAGAUGCCUGGAAUGGCAGAAUCUUAUACAGCUCCAAGACCACACGUUGCAGAAGAUUUCGCUCAAAUGUUCUAUUCUAGCAUAGAAGGAGAUAGGGAUAGUAGUAGUCUCCAAAUACCGAGAUCCAAAUUUGAAAAUUGUCUCAAGAAGUUGGCAACAGCCGUUAUGGCUAGAGAAAAGUCUAAUUAUGAUAACUAUUCAAGCUAUUAUGAAAAUGUACUAAGAUCUCAACAUCAUAUUCUAUAUUCAAAAGAAAGAGAGAUAAAACACUUAAAAUCUGAACUAGGUAAAAGAAAAGCCCUUACUGAAGUUGAUAUGCAAUGUGCACUUGCCGAUAGAAGUCACGAACUCUUAACUGAAGUUACUGAAUUAAGAGCAACAAUUGAACAACUCCAAAAUUCUUAUCAACAAGGAAAAAAAGAUGGUAAAGAAGAAAGUAGAAAGGAUUUGUUGAGACUAUUAAAAGCUCUUCAUGAAGCAACUUUUGAAUCAAGAGUACGAUUUGAUGAAUAUCGUAAAUCGCUCUACUCAGUAACGAUUGAUAAAAUUCGCCAAGUGCAAGAAGAGACCUCUUCCAAGAUGGAUGAUAAGAAGCGAACUUUAACCGCUAAUGCUCAGUCACCAACGCCGAGCGGUGUAGAUGGUACUGAAGAGGAUUCAUUGUUUAAGGGACGGCAUGAAAGGAUGGUUGAAAAUCAAUUAAAACAGGAGAAAAUAGAAAAGGAAAGACAAGAAGCAAAAUUUCGAUUAGAAGAAGAAGUUAAACACCUUAAAGAAGAAGUGGAAUUAACAAGAAAGAAGCUAAUCAAAUAUAAAAUAGGAGGAGAAAAAACUAUAGCUUCUUAUAAGUGUCACAUUGACGCCUUAAGGGAAGCCGUGAGAAUAGCAGAACAGAAAGGAGAUGAUGAAAGAAGAGGUCUUGAAAGAGAAUUGAAGAAUAAACAGCAUAAAUUACACGCUGCUGAGCAAAAAGCAAGAAACGAAAGAAGAUUGCACGAAGCUAGAACAGCAAACGUUGAUAGACUCUUAGAAGAAUUGGACGAGAAGGAGAGUCGAAUGAAAGAACUGACUGAACAGCACGAAAAAUUAGGUAGGGUGACCGCUAUUGCUGCUCAAAGUGCGAAAAAGAAAGUAGACGAUAUGAAAAAAGCCGUUCAAAGGGAAAGAGCCUUGAAAAUGGACGCUUUCCAAAGAGUCGAUGAACUACAAUGUAAUAAAUACGAAGUAGAUCAACGACCCCUGACAACAGUUGGCUUUUCGGAAGCACAAUGGAGGCGAUCUGCCAGCUCACCUUUCAAUAAUAAAGGGAAUAAAGUUCAGAGACCAAAAACAGUAAGUAAAGCCAAUAAAGUAAAAAUAAUAAUUAGGUAUAUCUCGGUCAAUAAAAUAUUUAUAAUAUAAUAUUUAUAAUUAUAUUUUAAGGGCGUUUUUUUCUUUAUUGUCAAAACUUUAUUACUAAUUUGUAACAAAAUAAUAAGAUUAGCAAGAAAGUUGUUAGAUAUUUUAAAAAAAGUGAAACAUAUAACCAAAAUUUGAUAUCUUAAAAACAAAUUAACAGGUUUUUUUUUUUUAAUUGAUAUUUUAAUAAUUAAUUAUUUAUUUUUUUUUGAAAUAUUAACUGUUUUAGCACGGACAACUUCCGGUACUUUUGAACAGGCAGAAAACAUUUCCAUCCGCUUCGACGGUACUUAAUUAGAGUCUAGGACUAAAACUCUGGCGAUUAUAUCUUAGAAAGUUAAUUAACUAUUGCUAUAAAAGCAUAAAUGACGUUUUUUUUAUAGACGUAUUGAAAUCGCCAGCGUUUCUAUAUCUUGAAAUUAUUUACCACUACCCGGUUUGGAGUGGCACGGGCUUUUUUUUUAUUUUUAUUCUAUCAUUUGUUUUUCUUUUCUGUUUACAUUUAACUCUUUGUUUCUUCUAAAAAAAAAAAACGAAUUAUUAACAACUACUCUUGAAAAGCAGACAAACAAAACAAACUAAAAGAGAUAAACAAAUUAUCAAAUACAUUAAAUUUUUUUAAAUAUAUAUAUAUAUAUAGUUGUUUAUUUUUAUAUUAUUGAUAGUUUGCUUUUUCUCAUUGAUACACACCUAAAAACUAUUCAACAAACGUAAAUACCUUCCAUCAGAUGGUGUAGUUAAACCUUCUUUAAAAAUAUAUUGCACACUCCUGUUCUUUUUGAGAGAGGCCUCUUAUGACAAAUUUUUUUGCAAUUCUUUUUAUGUAUUUUUUUUAGAGCGAAGAAAAUAUUUUUUCCAUUUUUUUUAUUGUUCAUUUUUUUAUUUUGACAAACUUGUCAAAAAAUUUUACAAACUUUUUUUUUAUAAAAAAAAACUAUAAAAAAAUAUUGCCAAUAUUUUUUUGUUUGAAUUUAAUAGUACAAAGAAGAUAAAAGGCUUUAAGUACUGAUUUUUCUUUAUUUUCUUUGACAGACAAUAGGCAGAUUAAGAACACGACUAACUGAUCAAUUACUGAAUGAUAUUGAACCACCUGAUCAUCACGAAACUAUAAUGAAAUUGAAAGAGAUUGGUCAAAAACGGCAGCAAUAUUCAGUCGAAGCAUAAUAUACGUUUUUCAUUCUUAAAUUAAGGCUACAAAGGAAAAAUGUUAUGGGACUUAUUGUAAACUAAGUAGAUUUGAAAUGUUGGAAGUGGGUUUAUAAAGGCAAAUAAGUUUCUUCCAUUUGUGUAUAAAGUAAGAUUUUAAAGUUAAUCCUUGUCCAAAAUUCUAAUCGAAAACCUUCGACUCAGAAUGUCUUUGACUAAGAAUUUUUCAUAAAUUGACUGUAGGGGUAUUUAAUCUUUAUCAAAAGAAACUGCAACAGCUACUAAAGGUUGAGACAAUGUGAAAGUAUUGGUUAGAUAUUUAUUAAGCCAAAUAAAUACAAAAAACCUAUACAAACCAUUGUAUUUUAGAUGGGAAAGUAGAUGGGAAAUAUGGUUGAUUAUAUAAUAUACUUUAAUAAUUCUUUUCCGCGUUAAGCAUGUAACGCUUUCUCUUUUGAACCGUGUAAACAUUGAACAUAAUACUAUCUAUGUACAUUUGAAAUGAUUUGCUGUGACGAAAAAAUGCUUUCUAAAGUGUGCCAAACAUAUUUUUUUGUUUAUUUUUUUGUUUGUUUAUAUUUUUUGUUUGUUUAUUUAUACUUGUUAAUUCGCUAUUUAAAGCCGUCCACUCAAUCAAGCUUUCCUCUUUCAUAUCCAACUUCCCAAUUAACAUUAUAGCUCAAUUUUUUUUAGCCUUUAAGAGAAGAAAAAAUGAGUAUGCAUGCGUUUAUAUAUAUAUAUAUAUAUAUAUAUAUAUGCCUUAGAAAGAAAGAUAGAUAGAGAGAGAGAUGGAAAUUUACUCUUCUCUUGAUAUUUUUUGUCUAUAUACGCUCAAUGUCUUGUAGUGCCAAUGUUCUUUUUUUUUGUUGUUUUAAUUUAUUCUAUCUAAUUAGUACUGUAAAUAUUAAUCUACUAUAUGAAUAAAUAUAACGAGUGCCAAUCUUUUACAUUCCAAUUAUAUUUAAUAAAGCAUC